UUGAUUUGUGUCUCUUUGGAAUCCAGCCUGACUUCGGCAUGGCAACUUUACCAGGGACCGUCCCCAGAAUGAUGCGCCCCGCGCCGGGGCAGAAUUAUCCCCGCACUGGGUUCCCUUUGGAAGUGUCGACUCCGCUGGGCCAGGGCCGUGUAAACCAGCUCGGAGGGGUGUUUAUCAAUGGCCGGCCUUUGCCCAAUCACAUCCGCCACAAGAUAGUGGAGAUGGCCCACCACGGCAUCCGGCCCUGCGUGAUCUCCAGGCAGCUCCGAGUCUCCCAUGGCUGCGUCUCCAAAAUCCUUUGCAGGUAUCAGGAGACCGGCUCCAUCCGCCCCGGAGCGAUCGGCGGGAGCAAACCCAGGCAGGUUGCCACUCCCGACGUGGAAAAGAAAAUCGAGGAAUACAAGCGAGAGAAUCCAGGGAUGUUUAGCUGGGAAAUCCGGGACCGGCUCCUGAAGGACGGGCACUGUGACAGGAGCACUGUUCCCUCAGUGAGUUCGAUUAGCCGGGUGCUAAGAAUCAAGUUCGGGAAGAAAGAGGAGGAGGAGGACUGCGACAAGAAAGAGGAAGACGGGGAGAAGAAAGCCAAGCACAGCAUAGACGGCAUCUUGGGGGACAAAGGUAACAGGCUGGAUGAAGGCUCAGAUGUUGAGUCUGAACCGGACCUACCCUUGAAGCGCAAGCAGCGCCGGAGCCGGACCACCUUCACGGCCGAGCAGCUGGAGGAGUUGGAGAAGGCCUUUGAGAGAACCCAUUACCCAGAUAUCUACACACGAGAGGAGCUAGCCCAAAGGACCAAGCUCACAGAAGCCCGAGUACAGAUGCCACCUACCCAACCACCACCAUUUCCCAAGAUGGGGGCAGCACAGUGCACAGACCCCAGCCCCUGCCACCAUCCACCAUGCACCAGGGAGGGCUGGCAGCUGCCGCUGCUGCUGAUACCAGUUCUGCCUACGGGGCCCGACACAGCUUCUCCAGCUACUCGGACAGUUUCAUGAACCCUGCAGCUCCUGCCAAUCACAUGAACCCCGUCAGCAAUGGCCUCUCUCCGCAGGUGAUGAGUAUCCUGAGCAACCCGAGCGGGGUUCCGCCGCAGCCCCAGGCUGACUUCUCCAUCUCACCCCUCCAUGGUGGUUUGGACACCACCAACUCCAUCUCUGCCAGCUGCAGCCAGCGGAGCGACUCUAUCAAGUCCGUUGACAGCCUCCCCACCUCGCAGUCCUACUGCCCUCCCACCUACAGCACCACUGGUUAUAGUGUGGACCCCGUGGCCAGCUACCAGUAUGGACAGUAUGGACAAACUGCUGUCGACUACUUGGCCAAGAAUGUGAGCCUGUCUACCCAGCGCAGGAUGAAACUGGGAGAACAUUCAGCAGUGCUGGGCCUCCUACCAGUAGAGACAGGCCAGGCUUACUGAAGAAUCCGUCUGUGCCAACAACCUACUCCAGCAACCUGGUACCACCGGAGAAAACACCACCAGCAGCCUUCCAGGGUUCCACCUCUAUCCGGACCCCGCUCCUUCCCUCAUCUCCUCCACCCUGCACCA